CGGUAAACACACUGACACCUUUGGCUACAGUACUAAAGUGUUAUAAUGAGCGAAGUGCACGAUAUAGACGCCGUGGGAAGACUUUCAGACAUUGAUGCGUGUUACACGGUGUUUGAAGGGUCUUCGGAAGAGGAUGUAGCUCACGCCAAAGUGUUCUGGAGCUCCCUGUGUUUACAGCCACCCAUCGAGUCCAGCUUAGUUUCUGUGGACAUUACACAGCGUCUGAAGGUGUCCAAGGACCCGCAACGUAGGAUCUGCGAUAAUGUGUGCAAGCAGCCACCAUGGUCAAGAAACGAUGAGCUCCUACAGAAGGCUUACCAGCUCCAGAUGCAAGACGAGAAGCAGAGAUACCUGGAAAUGGCCAAAAAACGUGACAAGAUCAUGGCCCUGUUAAAGAAGCAGAGGGAAGAUCGGAUCAAGAAAGAAAUGGUAUCCCGCGCGUACAAGCCAAGUAAACCUGAGCCGACCGAGAGGUCUUCUCGCAAGUCUCCCGAGGUUCUGGAUCAAGACAUAAAGGAAGUCAGAGAACUUGUAUAAAGUGUGUCUUAUGUAUAAGAAUAUGAAAGGUAUUUUGUGUUAAACUCUCCCUGUCCACGUCUUGUGGAAAAAAAGAUUUUUUAUUAUUAUUGAUUAUAGAUGUUCUGGAAAUUUAACGUUACAUUCACAUACAUUUCACACGUGAUUCGAUUUAUACGCGGUUGUAUCAAGUGUAUUUUAAGA